CUGGGCAAUACGCAAGCCAGAUACGCAAAGGUGUGACUGAGGCAUAUUGUGAUGUAAAGAAAAUAUUAAGAAAUCGAGAAUCUGUUGCUGUUCUUAGACAGAUGAAUUUCUUCUUGUCUUAGCAUAUGCAUUUGAAAAAAAAAUAGUAUUCAUCCAUUCCACCAAAUGAGAUGUAACCGAAAAAAGUUGAAUUAUUUUAUGAAAUACAUAUUGAUUUGAGCUUGGGAGAUGAGGGGGAUCAACAUGUGAUGUACUUUUAAUACAACAUCUAUUCUGUUAGGAAGGAAGUACAUCUUUGGAGGUCACGUUGCUGACUACAUGAAGGAACUCCAGAGAAAAGAUGACGACUCUUACAAACGCCAGUUCUCUCCGUUCAUCGAGAAUGACAUCACACCGGACACAGUGUAAAUGAAGGAGGUGCUGGGCUGACCACAUAAAGGAAGUUCAGGGAAAAGACGACGACUCUUACAAACACAAGUUCUCUCAUUUCAUCAAGAAUGACAUCACACUGGACACAGUUGAAGCCAUGUACAAAGAAGGCGCAUGAAGCCAUCGGGGCCGAACCCGACGCAAAGGCUAGGAAGGAGUUUGCUGGCAAGACCAAGAGGAUGAAGCCAUGUUCAAGAAGGCGCAUGAAGCCAUCAGGGCCGAACCCGACGCCAAGUCUAGGAAGGAGUUUGGUGGCAAGACCAAGAGAUGGAACCAAGCUCUCCCAGCUCCAGCAUAAGGACCGCGUCCGACUGAAGAAGAAAUCCUUCCUCUACGCCAACCAAUCUCACGACUAAGUCAUCCACUCCUCUUCCCCAAUGAUAUGGACAAUCUAACCCAGGACGUUGUAUAUAGAUACUGGCCAACAGUGAACGAAUUAAGUAAUUGACUCGUGCCUACAGAAGAGAUAACAUCGGUGACUGGCAUUGGGCUGGUAAAGCAAAGCAAAUAAAUACUGGUGACAGAUGUAUAU